ACAUCGUUAUACCCUCUUAGUCGAGCUCUCGUGUGUAGUUACGAAGCGACCCGCGUUCCUAGAGUCCGAUUCUGUAUCGCUGAUUGAAUGCCGAGUCGCCUCUUUGUUCGGGUCAGCGCACCGAGUUUGUUCAAAUUGUUGCGCUGUUGCGGUACUCGUCGUUCGGUACCGCCUGGUACCGCCGGAUCCAUCUGCCCCAGAUCUGACCUCACAGGGAGCCACGUGCGCUGCGCAACCAAGCAGCUUCUUGCUCUUCACCGCAAGGCGACUUACCGCCGUGUCGCAGCGUGCCGCUGGCCCCAGCCAGCUCACUCCAAGCCUCGUCUUGUUCUCCAUGCUUUCUGACCUUUCUUGAGCCCCGCGCGACUACCAUCCCCUGCUUUGGCGUUAGUGACCUACCGAGACUCGGACACUCGACUUUCUCCUCCCGUGCCACCGCCUCACCAUGACACACUGGGACCCGGCCAAGAUGAAGUCUCAACUGCGGGCGACCGCACAGCGGUUGGGCCAAAUGCAGGACAGGAUGGACUCACAAGCCCAGAUCACGCGGAGAGACAUCGCCACGCUCUUGCAGCAAGAUAAUGUCGCGUUGGCUCGUGCGAAGGCGCAGAAGUUGAUGAACGAGGAUGCUCUGAGCGACCUGCUACAAACCCUGGAAAUGCAUGUUGGGAUGAUUGUUGGGCAUUUGGGGGAGUUGGAGCGGAAGGAUUCGCCUAGUCCUGUAGUAUUGGAGGCUGCUGCAAGUAUUGCCGUCGCUGCCCCGCAGAUUGAUUCCAAAGAGCUUCGCUCGGUACGCGACCUUCUCGCUCAGCGACUAGGGCCAGAGUUCGCGCGGUCCGUGAACGAAUAUGUGUCUACAAGGGUUCGUAAGGCACUGUCGACUCGCCCAGCGUCGGCUGUAAAACUGGAUCACUACAUGUAUUCCGUCGCCAAGGCACAGGGCAUUCAAUGGACACCAUCUCCGUCACCUCAGCAGAUAGUGAAUGUUAUCUCGGAAAUGCUCGAUCCGACCAAUAUUCCCGUCGUGGACUUGACGCACCUUCGCAUCCUUUGCUCUCAAGGUCUACCUGAUGACCCUCCUUGGCUCAGACCCAAGGUCUGGAGGCUCUUGUUAGGCACACUUCCUCCUGCGAAGGAAGCGUGGAAUGAGUCUAGUCGCAAGAGUCGGGACAAUUACUACGACCUUGUGCGUCGGCUGCUCGAGCCAUUCUCAAGCCUUCCACCUCCCACUACUCCUCUCACAUCACUUGAUGAGUCUCUCAUGAACGCGUCAAAGGAGUUCUCCCAAAUACCGCCGAGGCUCAUGCUUGGUCUGCAAGAGGCUCCGGACGAUGUCCCACUAUGUCCUCUAGACGAGGCCGCCCCUGAUGACAUCAAGAUACCUUGCGCACAGGUUCUGGAUGAGCGUCUCCGCAUGAUCCGCGAAAUGCAAAACUCUGACGAUGCGGCCGCGCCAGAGGUACGGCUCGACAGCACACCUGAGAUUCGCCUCGAGGACGCACAAAGCGACUCUUCCGACGACGACGACGACGACGACGACGAGUCGUAUCGGGACGCGGGAUCGGCUGGCUCUGCUCCUCCGUCUCCGUCCCCAUCUGCGACCUCCGUCCAUUCCUCCGGCUCGACGACGUUGUUGCGCUCGCGUACGAUGGGUGCACACCCUAAGCACGCAUCUGCACUGCUUCGAUUACUGUAUCUUCAUUCUUGUCUUAAUCCCGCUAACCAGUCCCCCCACAUCGGCUCUUUAUUGAUUCCUGUCUACUCUGCUCUUGUCGAAGAAGUUGUGCCCGAAGAUGCAGCACACGCGGAAGCGGACACAUUCUGGCUCUUUGAAACGCUCGUUGGCGAAUUCGCGGAUCUCAACGAUGCUGAAGGCGGGAGAGCAUGGUCACAAAAACUCAGCGAUCGCCUGUACUUGGCAGACCCAGAGCUGACCGAGGAUUUACAAGUCAAAGGCCUUGAUCCCGCACUUCCGCACUACUCAUUCCGUUGGCUCAUCCCGGUGUUAACGCACACACUGUCUCUCCGACCCCUUCUCACUGUCUGGGAUGCCAUCUUAUCCCGGCCGACGAGAGAACGUGAUAGCAAUCCGAAGUUAGAUUUUCUUGUUGAUGUAUGCACGGGUAUGCUGCUUCGCACGAAGAACGUUCUGCUUCGAUUGGGCAGGCCUGAACGCAAGGCCAUGGGCUUGUGGUCCGACGAACUCGCUGCUAUUCCAUCCACACCGCUUGCUGCGCGAGAGUUGGAGGAUGCAUUCGCAGAAGGCAUGACGUUCCUUCAGCAAUUCCCCCUGGAAAGUGCGGGCGGGAUUGAAGCUAUACUGCAAUGCGCAUGCGACCUCGCGCAUCAGCGUCAAGUCAUGCAAAAUGGAGCCAAAGCGACAGGCACAAGCUUCGGGGCCCGCCUUCGAGACACUGUCUGGAAAGGUUUCGCUCAGACUGCUCCCAUAUCCGAGUCGGAGCACGAGGACAGCGAGACUUCAGACGAAGACGAAACCGAACCUGAAACAAGCACGAACGGCCAGCCGAGCACCCUGACGGCUCGUCUGGCCAAUACUGUGUGGCGAGGCAUCUCCAACGAGAGCGCGAUGGAUGAACCUCCUUCACCAAUCUCUCCGGCCUCUCCUAUGCCGCCGUCUCCUGUCCAUUCGCCAGCCCCGUCAACGAGCUCGAAGGCUCUCCCUUCUCCACCCUCCGAGGUUACCGAAGCAAGCAGUGCGCCGGCAGGAUCGUCGAAGUUCUGGGGGUACGCCGAGAAGCUCAAGGAAUCGGAUGCGGCAGCUACGUUGGCGAAAGUCAGUACAAACUGGAAAGUCAAAGCUCUCGACGUAUGGAGCAAACGUGCGACUGGCGCUUCGUCCAUGUUCCUUUCACCCCCUUCCACUGCCCCCCUUCCACGAACUCCUGACAUGGAUGCUCGCCGCGCUUCAUUCAACGACGACUACCAAUCGAGAUCGCCGAACGAGAAACGAAGGGGCGGGUCUCUCCCUGGACUGCCACCGCAUCUAGAAGGAUACUCCCCCCCUGCUCGUCCCGCAUUCUUCAGGCCACCGAGGGACAGCGUCAUGUUCACCGGCGGCCGCCUGCCUUUUUCGCCCACAAACGGCGAGUCGUCGCCCGCGUCCGAUACAGGUUCCAUGAGCAGUGGUGGUGUCCGCGCUUCCCUCACUUCAUUUGGAAAACAGCAGGACCAGUCAAGGGCCGCGAAGGGCAAAUCAGGACCCCGUCCCCUGCUGCUUAACUCUGCAUCGCUCAUGACAAAUCGCUCACCUGCUACUACGCCGUUAUCUGGUUCGUCUGACAGGUCCGUGGACAAUAUACGCGGGUCGCGCUCGCCCGCGCCUCGGGAUUCGAUGUCGUCAUAUUCAUCGUUCUCCCCGGUACAUUCUCGUUCAGCGACGAUCGAUUCGGACGGCAAUAGCAGGAUUGUGCCCCUUCGCUCGGCACGAUCACCGAUGGCGAGAGGUUCUCGCAGGGUCACCCCCACUUCUUCGACUACAUCAAGUCCGCCAAAAGUACAUCGCCGCAUGGAUACUGAAACUUCCACUCAGCUGGGCAGUGACGAUGGUCAUAGCAGCAGAGGGUGGGGUCGCGUCGAUGUAUUAGACUCACCACCGACGGGCUCCUCCUCGCCACCUCCGCAAACACCUGCCGACGCAACAUCCAGUCUCAAUCGCGGCGUGCGAGUGAAGGCGCCAACGUCGAGGACGGGGUCUCCAUCAAUUGAUGACACAGGCCACAUGAGUUCAGACGUCGAGGCCAGACCCGCAAAGGCGAUGUAUCCUCUGCCACGACUGUCCGUGGGUGACACGUCGGAUUCGUCCGCCACGCAAGCCCCGCCACGCAGUCCUCGCUCAAAGCAGAAACGAAUCCCUCCGAAGUUAUCGACGACUCGCUCGCGAGAGAACAUCAUCGCAGAGAAUGGGUCCGCCGCUCAGAGCAAUCUGACAACUGGAUGGUCGGAGGACGAAGACGUGGACAACGUCACGACUCCACGUGCUAUGUCCUUCCAGUCCGAAAACCCAGUGUCCACGUCUGCGACUCCGCGCAACAUCAGGCGUGUUCGGAAGACGUCCGGCGAUGGCAAUGGCGAGGUGCGGGCACGCAAGCUCUCUGGGGAAGGACGGGAAGUUCGAACACGCAAGGUGUCGACUGACGGGCACUCGCCCAGGAGGCGGAAGCUGUCAGACGAAAGGGAGGCUACGAAGCAGAAGCGGGAGAGUUCCGCCGACGAAGGAGACGAUGAAGGUUACAGAGACCUUUUGAGCGCGUAUGAAAGCGAAGACUAACGCUAUGUCACGUCUAACGGUCACUAUCGGUCUGCAUCCAC